GGCUUGCGCAUAUCUUUGGGGUCUUUUCGCUCAGCCGUUCCAGCUGUGCCAGUGGAGCCGAAAUAUCCAGAAUUCAAGUUGGGCUCUGGUAGCACAUAAUAUGGCCUUUCUCAGUCCGUUCCUCGGUCUACAUGUGCAGAUCAAAUAUACAUACUUUGAGUCGUUUCCAAGAUGCUUCCGUAGCUCGCAUCCGCAUGCAUAUGCUCCGAAGGUCAUAGGUGCGUCUCCAGAAGACUAGACUGAACCACGCCUUCUAGAUAUGUUGUUCUGGGUGCGGCGUUCUUGGAUAGUUCAGAAAAAGAACUGCUGUAAAGGACUUCGUAUUAUCGUAAUAGCGCAGCAACCAUACGUUGCCGGCUACCAUUUUAUCUCGUACGAAGGCCCCUCUUACUUGCUUGGAUUAUGGGCUUAGAUGCACCCCUUCAGGUCUGGAUGUUUUGUGAAGCGGAGCAAAUAAUCUCCCUGUCGUCCCAGCACAAGCUGUAAAUAGUUAUGUUUCUACCGCUCGUGCCUAACUCUGUCAGUUUGACUCCAGACGUCAACGGGAUUCUUUCUCAUACGUCUAGCAUACACUUUGAAUAUGCACUCAUCCUACCGGCGGAUGUUUCUCCGCGAUCAUUAAAAGGCGGUUGCAGGAUGGAAGGGAAGCAGACUUAGUCGUAUCGGCCUUACUUCUCAAGCGGACGUAGGUAUGCAAGCUCUCUGGCUCCUCUCGCUCUGCUAUGCUGUGGCUGCGGUCGCGCACCCGGUGUACUCGUCUGGGAACUUAGAAAAGAGGGCCAUCUCGGAAGAGGUGUUCGACGACUUUUUCUUCUACUGUAAAUACGCGUCGUCCGCGGAUGACUUGUAUUGCGCCUACCCGAAUGGCAACACCCUCAUUGAAGAGUUCUCGAACUCGACGACCGAUACACAAGGCUUCAUAGCCAGGGACGACACUCGGCGCGAGAUUGUUGUUUCGCUGCGUGGCAGUACGUCCGUUGAGGACUUUGCUAUAGACAGUGAAACUUCCCUUGAGCCGUACGUGUCUCCUGGUGUAGUGCCGCCUCCUGGAGCGAUGACGCAUACCGGAUUUCUCACCGCUUGGAACUCUGUUGCACCCGGGGUAAUAUCUGUAGUCAGAGAGCAGCUCCUCGAGCACCCGGGCUACGCUAUUGUGACGACUGGACACUCCCUGGGUGGCGCAUUGUCAUCUCUCGCUGGCGUUAGCAUGAAAUCGAACUUCCCCGUCAACCCCGUCCGAAUGUACACAUACGGACAACCGCGCACGGGCAACCCCACUUACGCAUACUUCGUCAACGAUCUGUUUGGUCCCAAUGCGUAUCGAUUUGUCCAUGCAGCCGACGGAGUUCCGACGGAGAUAUCGCAGGCCGAGGGAUACAGGCACCAUGGGAUUGAAUACUGGCAGAACCCAGACCCGCCGAGUGCUGCGAAUACCAAGGAGCGCGCGGCUGACGGCGAGGACCCGACAUGCUCAGACUCCAUCCCUUCCACCGGAAUCAACAUUGAUCACGUCUUCUAUUUUGGUGUUAUGGUUGGUACGCCUUUCUGUACUCAGUAG